AACCAUAUUUAUUUUGGUUUGGAAAUUAGUCCGCAGGAGCGAAGUGCGUGCAUGUGUGUGCGUGUGUGCGCGCGUAUCGUCAGGCCGUGCGUUUCGCGCACCGAUUCGGGUGAUCGAAUUUCAAAGUGCUUGCUUAUCGGAGAUCAAGAACUGAGAAAGAAAAUGACCCGUGGAAAUCAACGUGAACUAGCACGAGCGAAGAAUUUGAAAAAAACUGUAAAGAAGGCAGCUUCUGAACAAGAAAGCAAUAAAGGUCUUUCGUUGGAGCAACGUAAAGCACGCGACGCGGAACGAAUGAGAGAGAAACAGCUCAAGAAACAAGGCGAACAAGCGGAUAAGUCCAAGCAGACGGCGACAUAGUUCGAGGGGGAAAGUGUAUAAAUUUUCAUGAUAGAACGGCUUAUAUUGUAACCCAUGGCUACACCAAACAGAUUCACGAUUGUAAGGAACAAUACAGGGGUCUACGCUUAUCGGGGACAGAAAAGGAUAUCAUCAUGUCUUUGAUGUUAGAAAAUUUUUCCAUUGUCGGCCGUAUGACAUGCCUCAGGACCUAGCCUCGAUUAUCUUGUUAUUUACAUAUUGCUCACGGAAACAUUUGCAGUUAUAAUCAGUGUGUAUAAAACUUGACGUUACCUACACCUAAAUUCAGUCAAAGAAAACCACGCGUUUUGACUGGUUUCUCUAGGUAUAAGGAUAUUAAAUAAUACGAAUAUAUUUGUAGUGCUAAUUUUCAAUCUGUAAAUUCGAAUCUUUACUUAUUUAAUAUGUUAUGUAAUUAAAUGUGUAACAAGCGAACGGUCACUAGACACGCAUGUGCUAUUAUCGUUCCUUCUUGCUUGUAAUAAACUGUUCAAAUUUUAAUGACA